CUUUAACUACAUUUUGUUAUCAACCCUAUUUUCUUUUUUUUUUUACAUCUCUUUAACUUUAUCUAUUUUUUCUAUUGUUAAAGAAAUCAUUAUUUAUUUUUAAAAAGGCUUAAUGGAUCAAAAGAUUAAUCGCCUCGAAAGCGGCGAGUUUUCGACGGAGAAGACGGAAAUCGACAAAGAUUCCAAUACCCUUGAAACGCAUGUAGAGUUGCAGCACCUUCAGGGCGGCACUAAACGUGGUUUAGAUGCAAGACAUAUUCAGAUGAUCUCGUUGGGAGGUGCCAUUGGUACCGGUCUUUUCCUCAACAUGGGAGGCAAUAUCGCCACGGCUGGCCCUGCUGGUGCUUUGAUUGCCUAUGUGGUUGUUGGUAUCAUGGUAUAUUGUAUCAUGACUUGUCUGGGAGAAAUGGCUACUUUUAUGCCUGUGACGGGUUCUUUCAACCACUAUGCUACUCGAUUUGUGGAUCCAGCAUUAGGUUUUGCGUUGGGCUGGAAUUACUGGUUUUCUUUAGCUGAUAAUAAUGUGGGCUUCUCUUUAUUCGUGGACCGAUUACUGAAUUUUUCAGUGGAACUAGCUGCUGCUGCUACGAUUAUUGCUUGGUGGAAACCUGUCAUGCCUGAUGCAGCAUGGUCCACUAUUUUCCUUGUCAUGAUUCUUACCAUUAAUAUGGCCAGUGUAAGACUUUAUGGUGAAAUCGAAUACUGGUUUGCCAUGAUCAAAAUCAUCAUUGUUAUCGUUUUUAUUAUCAUUGCUAUCCUCGUGACCUCUGGUGCCGUGGGUCACAAAGUGAUUGGAUUUGCUUAUUGGAAAGACCCUGGCGCCUUUGUCGAUGGCGCAGUUGGCACCGUGAGUGUGCUUUUAUCAGCUGGUUUUUCUUUCCAGGGAACCGAAGUUGUGGGUAUCACGGCCGGCGAAGCCAAAAAUCCUACCAAAACUGUACCGCGCGCUAUUCGCAACACGUUUUGGCGUAUUCUCAUUUUCUAUGUGGUCACCAUUUUUUUGAUCGGUUUAUGCCUUCCAAGCAACGACCCUCAGCUGGAGAACUCUGACGACGACCCUGCUACGGCGGCUUUCACGUUGAUUUUCAAGUUGGCGGGUAUUGACGCCGGUGCUCAUGUGAUCAACGCUAUUAUCCUUACCAGUGUGUUGUCGGCGGCCAACUCUUCCUUGUACACCACCGCUCGUACCUUGCUUGGCCUUUCACGCGAUGGUAACGGUCCUGCUUUUCUUGGCAAAGUCAACCGCUUUGGAUCCCCUUACUGGGCAGUUCUGUUCUCGUCCAUUACUGGGUUUGCCGUUGUUUUUGUUUCCAUUUACAGUGCAUCGGCGGCAUUUGAAUGGUUCAUGAGCAUUACUGCUGUAUCCGGUUUCAUCAGCUGGGCCGGUAUUGCUUUUGUUCAUAUCCGUUUCCGAAGAGCUUACAAUUAUCAAGGACGCAAUCUUGACGACUUGCCUUUCAAGGCUAUUCUUUACCCAUAUUCAGGCAUUUUCGCUUGUGGGCUCUGUAUUCUCAUCAUUCUCGGCCAAGGCUACGUUUCGUUCACGCCAAAGUUUGAUGCCAUCACAUUCUGCAAAAGUUAUAUCGGAAUCAUUCCUGCCAUUGUAUGUUAUAUAGUGUACAAGGUCCUUCGAAGAACCAGGGUCGUGCCACUUGGUGAAGUGGAUUUUGAAACGGGCCGUGUCACACGUCUCGACAUCGAGAAAGACGAGGAAGAAGACAUUGAUGUUGCUUGGUGGAGACGUAUUUUACGAUGGAUUGUGUAACUGAGAAAUUCUCAUCUACAUUUCUCAAAAAUCAACUCGUGCUAUAAAAUUACUCUUUCUUAUUGUUGUUAUUCGUAUAUCGUACCAUGAUUGUUUCCAGAAAGGCACAGAUUAAUUAAAGUCGCUUUGUGUCCUGCAAUACACAAAAAAAGUUUUCUAUAUUUG